AUGCAUUACCAGGUCCGCCUGCAGAAAUCCGAGACUGCCAUCCAGCAGAGUAUCACACUUGAGGAUGGUAUCAAACAGCUGUGCGAAGCCAUGGUUGAUGGUUGUCCACAAAAGAGGCGACAAAUAGAAUCACUCAGCAAACGAUCCUUUCUAGGCAUUGAGCCUGCAUGCAGAGUCUUCCGAACAUACUGGACUGCGUCGUUCUUCAACGCAAUUCUGGCACAAGGCCCCCAGCUCAUCGACCAGGCUCCCUUCCGCGGUUCAGGUCAAGACAAACCGUACCUAACUCCCACUGCUCUUGUCUUUGCUGUUGCUGCCCUUGGAGGCAACUUAGACGUCUUCCGAAUGUUCCAACAACUUUAUAACAAGCCCUCCACGAGUGUUGAAGAAGUGCAGCGCACUAUAAAGGAGUCAAUGUCCACCGUAGAAUCCUGGCUGAACUGGCUUUCUCAGUCAAAGGCGAACGAGAGCAAAAGCAAAGCGGAAACACAGGACAAGCAGAAACUGGAACAUAAAAGAAUACGCUAUAGAAAGGAUCUGAAACAGUUCACUGAUACUUUUGAUAUCUUUCUCGAGAACUACAAACACAUCCCGGCACCAUUAACCAACGAUGGAGAAGCAGACCUCCGUUACGGUGUCUGGACGUACACCAUCUGUAGUAAUCUCUGCGACUUGAUGACUGUGGCGUCUAAGCUGCUCAGAAACAACAAGAUAUUGGUUGAAGCGAGGAAACAAGAGUUAACACAAGCAGUCCAAUCGGGAAUCUUCACUGCUGUCACCCCCUCUUACCACCUUUUCGUCAUAGGGGUCACAUCUCUUUUCUCGGCUCUGGUCGCCCUCAACUAUUUCAAUAAGAGUCAAAAGCUCAACGCAGAAUGUAAGAGGCUCAAAGAUGUUUUUGAGACGACAGUUUCUUCUUGCACAAGAGCUCUGAACGUGAGUAUCAUAAUGCAGAAACUUCAACAUGGCAUGACCAAAUCAUCGUUCUCCUUAACAAACAAAGACUCUCAAGAUCGAUUGGAGCAGGCUAUUAUCGAAUUCGACCGCAUUUCAUUAGAGCACAAGAAUGAAUAUUGUUCAGAGACGGAGCUAUUGGCGAUAUAUGUCAAUUACCAGGCUAUUGCGCUGCAAAAGCAACGUAAAAGACUCAUCAUCUAA